CAUCUCCUAGCCACCGCGGCGACAGGGGUGACCUGCCGGAUUCUAAACCGCUCACCGCUAAAUCCCACCCACGGGGCAGGGACGGCGAGCGAGCCGGGCACGGUGAGCUUCAAGGUGAAGAACAGCAUGGGCCAGCGCGUGUUCUUCGUGACCAAGAGGCCCUACCCGGCGCUGGCGCCGAUGCCCAGCAGGGCCCAGGGCGCGGCCUGCUCCUGGGAGGCGACCAUGACGGACGGCGGGUCACGCGAGGUGAUGCGGGUCGUGCGCAGGUUCCGCUGUGGCUGCCACCGCUGCAGCUGCAAUGUGGAUGACCUGGAGGUCCACUCCCCUCCGGGCUCCAUCAUCGGCUACCUGCGGCAGAAGGUGACUGAGACCGAGCCGACGUUCGCCGUCACCGACCUGAGCAACAAGGCUCACCUGUGGCUCCGCGGGCCCAGCUGCGCCGUCUACUGCACCGUCAACAACGCCGUGAGCUACCAGAUCUUGAGCAAGGACGAGAGGAAUCAGGUCGGCGCCGUCGUCAAGCAGUGGAUGAAGGAGGCAGCCGCGGAGGGCGCCGGCGGCGGUGGUAGCAGCAAGGGAGGGAAGACCUUCAUCCAGUUCCCCAUGGACCUGGCACCCAAGCUGAAGGCGACGCUGCUCGCCAGCUGUUUCCUCAUCGACCACGUGUACACCAAAGGGCAGCGCAGGGGGGGCGACGGCAUCGACGCAGCACGCCCGCCCGAGACGCGGUCGCUCUGCAGCUGGCGCUGAACAGGGCAGACCCCUGCAGAGAAACCGGCGAGCGUGGCCAGUCGACAUCAUCGUCAACAUCAUCGUCAACAUCAUCGUCGUUGACAUCGCCAACAUCAUCGUCAACAUCAUCGUCAACAUUAUCGUCAACACUUCCACGUUAUAAACCGCAGCGCGUAGCCCGUCAACAUCGUCAACAUCGUCAACGCCUCGACGUUAGAUGUUCACGCCACGUGCAACUCACACGUUUAAAAUUUGAUCCAAGCUGAACCACCCAAUUGCCCCGGAAGGCCCCACAGCAACACACCGGCGAGUUUGUGCUCCUGGACAUCGCAGCGCGCGCCGUUUUGAGCUCAGUGAAAGUGCAUGAAAGCAUUGGUUUGUUUAUUAGAUAAAAGGUUGAAAGCCCGAAACUUAGCGUUCUUGUUUUCCUGGUUGAGACCCCGAUGUUAUGAAGGUGGCUGGGACAUUGCUCGCGGCUACCGUGCUGGGAUGUUCAAAACCCGUGCGUCAAUUACAAAUAAAUAUAACUAUCCCGUGCAGUUCCCCGCACUCUCCAGCAGAUGUGAGCAUAACGUCAGACAAACAGCGUCUCCCCCCGUGUGUCUCGCUGUGCUGAAUGAGGCCGAGGUGGUUUCAGGGGACGGUGUGAUGCCUCAUGCGCAGCCCCGCCAGCCCCAACCGCGCCACGGCCCUCUCGGGAGAGCGCGGGCAUUGAUUCAGCGCAAAGCGGAACGCCGGAUCGCUUUCGGCAACCACGGUGGCUCAUCAGCAGAAGCAGGCCCCCCGGAGCCAACACCCUGGCCACAACAAUAAUAAAAUCACAAGUUUCAACUCGCAGCACUGCCCCACCGUCGCCACAGCAGUGCUGUUCGAUCGCUCUCGUAGAGAUAAAAGAGGAUGACGAGUUGCAGGUGCGAGGAGGAGCCGCAGCCGAGCGGGAAGGCAGCAGAACGCGCCACCAAGCUCUGCGGCCCUCGAUAUAUCAAGGUGUUAUCGGCCAAAUAACGAGCGUUUAGACGGUAAAACGCCGGUAAAUAACGCCCUUUGGAUGUGACGCUCCCUCCAGCCAGCCAAACUUCAUUUUUCUUCUAAUGUCGUGUGGCAAUAAGUCCGAUUUACAAGGCGCACAGGGUUCCUGUGAGCGAAUUGCUCACCCGAGGCCGAGGGGGCCAUGAGGCAAGGCCCCCCCCCCCGCUCCUUGUCUCGGUAAUGGGUUGGGGGAGGCAUUCGCGGUGCUGAGUCCACGCGAAGGCAGAGGAGGAAAGCGCAAACAAAUGACGAAAUGUGCAGUGGGCACCCAGGGGCUCUCUGCCCGUGGGUCGUGAUGGUGAUGGUGAUGAUGAGGCCGUGCGGGUUUCAGCGAGGAGGCGGCAGGGGAGGGGAAUGAAUUCCGCGCGGUACAAUCGCUCGCGCCGUGGGACUUGGACGUACCACUUGGAGCCCACAUUGAUCCCUGCGAACGGCCUCACGUCGGCCCAAGCUCGGAGGUUCAUUGAGUGGCAAUACAU